GCAAAUUUCAAGCUCUACUCUCUCUCCCUCUCUCACCGGCAAAAUGGAUCAGAGAAGCGUGCUCUCUCUCGCAUUGAUCUGCAUUGUCAUCGCAGGCGUCAGUGGUCAGUCUCCGGCUGCUGCUCCUUCCAAAUCACCCACCACUCCGGCUGCUUCUACACCGGCUGCAUCACCGGCGCAAGCACCUUCCAAGCCCAAGUCACCGGCUCCGGCUGCUUCUCCUCAAUCGGCGCCUCCUGCUGCAUCUCCCAAGGCAGCAACCCCAGCAUCAUCUCCCAAAUCGGCAUCGCCGGCGUCUUCUCCAUCAAAGGCUGCGGCGGCACCAGCUCCGGUGACCAAACCUCCAGCAUCGUCGCCUCCAGCGGCGACUCCAGUGAGCUCGCCCCCAGCACCAGUUCCUGUUACUUCUCCCCCUGCUCCUGUUCCAGUGAGCUCACCGCCAGCCAAAUCUCCUCCGGCACCCGCACCGACAACUCCUCCGGCGAGUGCUCCUCCCGCACCUGUUGCAGCACCCACAGCUGAGGUCCCCGCUCCGGCACCGAGCAAAUCCAAGAAGAAGAAGAAGGGAAAGAAGCACAAUGCGCCAGCACCGUCACCGUCAUUGCUAGGACCACCUGCACCACCCGUUGGAGCUCCGGGACCUAGUGAAGAUGCAUCUUCUCCUGGACCAGCAUCUGCGAACGAUGAGAGCGGGGCGGUAGCCAUCUUGUGCUUGAAGAAGUUGUUGGAUGCUUAGCAUUGGGCUGGGCUACCCUUGUUUUGAUCUGCUAGAGACUUUGUUUUUUCUGUGUCUCGAUAUUCUUGUAUCUUUCCACUUUUUCUUUUUGUUAUCCUUUCAUGCCCCAUUUGGCCUUACAUUUUAUUUAUUGACCUUUGUUCCCUUUAAAAGCUUAUUAUUCUAAUGAUGUCGCCAUUAUUGUUAUGUUAAUUUAAAUUGAAUGCUUCUGUUCA